GGUUAUAACCUGGUUCGAGACCCACACCGCCCUCUUGAAUCAUUCGUGCCACUUCGGAGUUGUAAUCACGGAAUUUCUAAUUUGUACAUCUUUCGCAAGCACGAAAUCUCAACUUCCAUUUCUAAUUGACUCAUACUAUUCCUCUCUAUACAAGAAGGCCGAAAGUCUAAAGUCACUGAGGAAUUGCAAACCUGGCCAAUUGGGUUCCUACCUAUAUCGCCGAGUAUAUAGAAAUAGGUCGAGUUCAAGCUCAAAUUGCUGAACUAUUUCAAGCUGCCGGGAAUCGCCGGUUCCGCCUCAUCAGUGUCAGCUAUGGACUCUAAGCCUCUUAACAAAGGCCUCUCCAAGGUCGACCUCGAAGGUCACAACCUACCUCCUUCGCCUGCUCCCUCGAGCCCGUCCAAUGGUCGCCGCCGCUAUGCCCUGGCUACUGAGCUCGUCUAUACAGAAACCAAGGACCAGUAUGGCGCUUCAAGUAUCCCAAUCUACCAAUCUGCUACAUUCAAGCAAACAUCUUCCAAUGGUGGUAAUGAAUAUGACUAUACACGAUCGGGUAACCCGACUCGGACACAUCUAGAACGCCAUAUGGCCAAGAUCAUGAAUGCUAACCGAGCGCUUGCCGUUGGCUCCGGCAUGGGUGCUUUAGAUGUUAUUACCAGGCUAUUACGGCCGGGGGAUGAGGUGAUCACAGGCGAUGACCUCUAUGGGGGUACCAACCGGCUACUUACAUAUUUGUCGUCGAAUCAAGGCAUUAUCGUCCACCAUGUGGAUACCACUGAGGUCGAAAGAGUGCGAGAAGUCAUUUCAGACAAGACGGCUAUGGUACUCCUGGAAACCCCGACGAACCCCUUAAUCAAGAUUGUGGAUAUCCCGAGCAUCGCGAAGGCCGUCCAUGAUGCCAACGAUAAGGCCCUCGUUAUUGUCGACAACACCAUGCUAUCUCCUAUGCUAUGCAACCCCCUCGAGCUCGGAGCGGAUAUAGUAUACGAGUCAGGUACCAAAUACUUAUCAGGCCACCAUGAUAUUAUGGCGGGCAUCAUCGCAUGCAACGACACUGCUCUCGGUGAUAAGAUGUACUUCACCAUUAAUGCGACUGGUUGCGGCCUCGCUCCCAAUGAUUCAUUCCUUCUCAUGAGAGGGGUUAAGACAUUAGCAAUUCGCAUGGAGAAGCAACAGGCAAACGCACAGAUCCUUGCCGAGUUCCUUGAAUCCCACGGCUUCCGGGUGCGUUAUCCUGGCUUGAAAUCGCACCCGCAGUACGAUCUUCACUGGUCUAUGGCGCGAGGUGCCGGAGGUGUCUUGUCGUUUGAAACCGGUGAUAUUGCCUUAUCCGAGCGGAUUGUCGAGGCCGCAAAAUUAUUUGGGAUCAGCGUGAGCUUUGGGUGUGUCAACAGCUUAAUCAGCAUGCCGUGUCGUAUGAGCCAUGCUAGCAUCGAUGCAAAGACGAGAAAGGAGCGGCAGAUGCCCGAAGACAUCAUUCGACUUUGCGUUGGUAUCGAAGACGCGACCGAUUUAGUCGACGACCUCUCUCGCGCACUCGUACAAGCAGGUGCCGUGACAAUUACACUAGACGGCAUCGCUGCCGCAGGCACAGCUGCACAGGCCGGAAAUGCCAAUUCGAACAACGAUACGUCGUCUUAGUCUAAGGCUACGUUAUCUUGAGAUCCUGCGGGAGUUCCGUGUUUCGGAGCAAAUGCACAUGCCAUUGCGUAACACCGCAGGGAAAUCAUAUUUCAGUCAUAUAGAAGAAUAUCCCAUUAUUCAUCCACGUCUCUACCCAAAAUAUUCCACACC